AUGCUACUCACAACCCGAUUACGAAUGGCGUUGGGGCUGCUGAUGCAACGUUGCGGCGAGGUAGAACCGGCAGUCCAGUUCAUACGGGAUGAAACGGACCUUUGUGAGCUCUACUUUUCCACUUCUCCACUUCUCCACUUCGCUGUUAUUGGUUAUCCCCUUCCCUCAAGUCCAUUUGUCAAGACAACACCUGCAGAGCGGCUGGGGCUAGGCAAAACGGAUGUGAAUCACUAUGACAACGGGGAUAGCUGUCCGUUUCACUCAGAUUUAGCCGAAGCAGUUCCACUUUGGGGAUUUCAGCAAAGAAGUAGGUGUCCUUUCGAUCCGCUUGGAUGUGGCUGCGUCUUUAGGAAGUCGCCUGUGUCGCAAGAAGCCUACAGACAAAACGAAAAAUCUCGAUUUUUCAGUCGUUGA